AUGUCCGGAAAUUGCUCCUGGGAGGCCCACUCCCCCGGCAGGAACAAGGUGUGCCCCGGCGUGAGUGAGGCCCCGGAGCUGUACAGCCGCGGCUUCCUGACCAUCGACCAGUUGGCGCUGUUGCCGCCACCGGUCAUCGUACACUACAUCUUCCUGCUGUUCUGCCUGUGCGGCCUGGUAGGCAACGGGCUGGUGCUCUGGUUCUUCGGCUUCUCCAUCAAGAGCAGCCCCUUCUCCAUCUACUUCCUGCACCUGGCCGGCGCUGACGGGGGCUACCUCUUCAGCAAGGCUGUACUGUCCACCCUGAACACAGGGGGCUUCCUGGGCACCUUUGCAGACUACGUGCGGGUGGUGUCCCAGGCCCUGGGGCUGUGCACCUUCCUGGCUGGGGUGAGCCUCCUGCCGGCUGUCAGCACAGAGCGCUGCCUGUCCGUCAUCUUCCCCACCUGGUACUGGCGCCAGCGUUCCAGACGCCUGUCGGCCGUGGUGGCUGCCCUGCUCUGGGUCUUGUCACUCUUGGUCACCAGCAUCCACAACUACUUCUGCGUCUUCCUGGGCCGCGAGGCCGCAGGGCAGGCCUGCAUGCACAUGGACGUCUUCCUGGGCAUCCUGGUCUUCCUGGUGUACUGCCCACUCAUGGUACUGCCCUGCCUGGCCCUCAUCCUGCACGUUGAGUGCCGGACCCGGCGACGCCAACGCUCCGCCAAACUCAACCACGUCAUCCUGGCCAUGGUGGGUGUCUUCCUCGUAUCCUCCAUCUACCUGGGUAUUGAUUGGUUCCUCUUCUGGGUCUUCCGGAUUCCGGCGCCCUUCCCUGAAUACGUCACCGACCUGUGUCUCUGCAUCAACAGCAGCGCCAAGCCUGUCGUCUACUUCCUGGCUGGAAGGGACAAGUCGCAGAGGCUGUGGGAACCGCUGAGGGUGGUCUUCCAGCGGGCCCUGCGAGAUGGGGCCGAACUGGGCGAGACAGGAAGCGGCACACCCAACACGGUCACCAUGGAGAUGCAGGCUCCCCCUGGGUACCCCUCCUGA